CAUAGAUAUAGAGCUACUUUCAAAGACUCAUCAAGACUUAAAUUUAACUUAUAAGCGUCCCUAAAUCGGUCUUUCUGCAUGGAAGUUGAAAGCCAGGGCCUCUUGGUCCCGAUUAAAUAAACAGCCUUUCUCAUAAAUUUAGGUUAUUUUUGUCUAUACAGCUAGCAUACAUUCAGCCGAUUGCAUCGCCCAGCCGAUCUUCUGGCUGUAUAGCUGUGAACAGCCGUACACACGUUUGGCUGCUUGACGCGUGUGUGCCACGUCGCCGUCGCUGUGGUUGCUUCGGGAGUUGUCAGCUUUCCGCGGUCGUACAGGACUGGAGCGGAGAGCUCCGGCGCGCACGUUGCGGCUGCGGCGCAAACAUGUUUCUCGCGUGUUGGAGCUGGUUUUGCGUGGCUCUCGUGUCUUAUGUCAGCGGAGCAAAAAUCCCGGAUCCUGAGGUGAAAAUUGAAGUUCUGCAUAAACCGUUUCUUUGCCACCGCAAAUCCAAGUAUGGGGAUCUCCUGCUGGUUCACCAUGAGGGAUUUCUAGAAAACGGCACGAUGUUCCACUCCAGCCGUGUCCAUGGCGAUAAGCAUCCCGUGUGGUUCACGCUGGGGAUUCGGGAGGUGAUCCGGGGCUGGGAUAAAGGCCUGCAGAACAUGUGCACAGGGGAACGCCGAAAACUCACCAUUCCCCCCGCCCUCGCCUACAGCAAGGAGGGAAAAGGAAAGAUCCCGCCAGACAGCACCCUGAUCUUCGACAUUGAGAUCAUGGAGAUUCGCAACGGACCCCGAUCCCACGAGUCCUUCCAGGAGAUGGACCUCAAUGAUGACUGGAGGCUGUCCAAACAGGAGGUGAAGGAAUACCUGAGGAAAGAGUUUGAGAGACAUGGCUACCCCCCCAAUGACACCCACCAUGAGGUGAUGGCGGAAGACAUCUUCAAGAGGGAGGAUAAGAAUAAUGACGGCUUCAUAUCCGCCAGAGAGUUCACCUACAAACACGACGAGCUGUAGCCAAUGAGGAGCCUCUCAGAAGCUGCCAAACUCAUCCAGGGUCCCUGUGUGUUUGGCUGUGACAGGCUGUCAUUUUGAAGUGCAGCAGUGUUACAGCAGGUGUGAUUAUUCCACAUAACUUACAGCUUCAGGUUGAAUUGUCAAAAAUUCAGUGUAAUUACCCAGGUGCCCCUCAGCUCAAUGUCUGAUAAGUCUUUUAUAUCGUGCUUUUGUUACUGUGUCAUUUCUGCUGUAUUAUAAGGUAUUUCUGUGAAAUGUUUACACUGUGUGCAUAUGUAUGUUCUGGUGAUUUUGGCUUUAACCAUUACAGACUGAACUGCUAUCCUUAGCAAUUGGGCUGUGGACCAAUGACAUUUUAUACACAUGAAAACAUUUUAACCCUGACCCUGACCCAAUACCACUAGCUUCCCUGAAAGUGUGUUGUAACAGGCUGGUGCAGUCAGGACAGGAAGACUCACGGCCACUGGGAUGACUAGUUUUAUUGUAUUACACACAGAAAGCUGCAAUACAAUGAUACAAAAGGAUAAAGGACUGUAAAUAUCCCAAAGCUAAAUGAACAUGAACACUUCCAUUCAGUGAAUAUUUACAUGUGUACCUCAUACAAAAGUGUUUCUGGAGAAAUCUGUAAUCUUCAUACUUGGGACAGUAUUGCAAUUGCAUUCUCUCGCAGUACAUUUGAGCACUGAUAAGGAUGAACCAGGAGGUGGCGCUGUUGAGUCUUCACAACAAUAAUGCAACAUUUUCUUUUUUUUUUUUUUUUACAAUUUUCCACAAUAAAAAUUAAAAAUAUAUGUCCCAGAUACCUCAAUUCCUACUUUAAUAAUGCUUUAAAACAGCAGACAGACAUUUUAUGGGGAAUGUGGGUGCACAUGGGUUGCUGGAUUGUCAUUCUGAUGCACAGCCGGUGGCAGGUGCAUGAACAGCAGGGCGUUUCACGCGGCUUUACUUUGCUGUUUGUUUCUGUCACGAGCUGCGUGUGUCUGACGAGCUGCGCGUGUCUGACGAGCUGCGUGUGUCUGACGAGCUGCAUUCGUUACUUACAUAUCGAAUACAAAGCAUUUGGGAUCCUUCAGUGAAGCAGUGGGGUGUAGGUUAGGAACUAAAUAUUUGCCCCGCCCCUGUCAGUGCAAUGUUAAAGGUUGUAUCCAAUCAGCACUCAGCUCCCAUCACUGUCCAAUCACAGCGCAGAGGGACAGGCCGGAAGCCUGCCCUGAAACGGCACAGCCUGCUGUAACUCAAUAUGCACAGACUUUAUUACGGUUUCGUAAUGUUCAUCACAUAUCUUUCAUCUGCUGAGUCACUUAUUAAUUGCAGAGAUACUGACAUCCUUUUGGACUUUGGAGGCGCAACAGUUUUAUUUACAUGAAGCCAAAAGUUUCUGAAGAAUUCGCUUGUUCUUGUCUUGUGUCUAAUGUUUUUGUGGGGACGUGAGCUAAAGAAUAAAGGCCAAGCUGUGCCGCUUCUGAGUGGUUUGCAUUCCCGCUGUUAGUGCAGCUGUUCUUCAGACAUUAUUAAAGUAUGCAAUAUGCCACAUGGCCUGGGGGUCAAAGGUCAUGCCCACUGUGGUGGGGAGUGUCUGAUUAUCUGUAAGGACCUGGCAGCGACACCAGUCAACCAGUCAUUCGAUCAUUAAAGCAGUCCAGUCAGUGCAUACCCACAGCAGGGCCUUGGCUCUGUCACCCAGUUCAUCCCCAGUGCUGCCCCAGGACUGGCUGCAGUGGAGUCACAUGGUGCGCUCUCAGGGCGGGGCCUCCUCGCACCCCACCCACAC